UUAUCAGAUUGCAGCGAACGUGGUUAUCAGUAAAGGAAAACAAUAUAUAUUUCAUUGAGUCAAAAAUUUAAAAAAAUUGGUUGAUGGCGAUCUCAUUUUUCACACUGCACGCAAUCUUCACGGAUAGUUAUCUUUGAUCGUAGCUGCGUUUGGUAAGCAGAAAAGCAGUCGUGAUUGUGAGUUAGAGCCGGCAAGAUGUGGCGCAGAGUGCUGCAUCUACAUCUAGUGUUUCUGAUUUUGCUAAGCAGCUCACUAGGUGUGGACAGAGGAAAUUUUAAAGCAUGUCAACAAAGCAGCUUUUGCAAGAGGUGCCGUGCAGUGGAACCUGAUAAAUCAGUGUAUGUCCUUCAUUUGAAUACGCUAAAAAUAGAAGACAGUGUCGUGAGUGCUGAGAUACAGAACACACAGAACUUGGUAAAAUUCAAAUUUGAGUUGUUUUCCUUGUCAGAUGCAACUUUCCGCAUGAAAAUAAAUGAAUUGUCACCAUUGAAGCCACGCUAUGAAGUUGAACAUGUCUUAGUAGGUGAACCUCAGCUAGAAAGGCUUGAAGUUAAAGAAAGAGCAGCAGAGUAUAUCAUUGUCUCAUCUGGCAACAUAAAAGCAAAAAUUUAUGGAACACCAUUCAGAGUUGAUUUCUAUCAUGGAGACAGUUUAGCAAUUACUGCUAAUGCUAAAGGCUUAAUGAAAUUUGAACACAUUCGCAUUAAACCUGAAAGCAAGGAUGAUGGCAGUGAACAGCCUGAUAACCAGGUCAACGAUGACACAGCUUCAGAUCCAGGGGCCUGGGAGGAGAAUUUCAAAUCCCAUCAUGAUUCGAAACCUAAUGGUCCAACUGCGGUUGCCUUGGACUUCACUUUUGCGGGUGCUCAUUAUGCUUAUGGAAUUCCUUUACAUGCAGAUUCAUUUGCAUUAAAGUCAACUAAAAGUGGUGAUCCAUAUCGCCUCUUUAAUCUCGAUGUUUUUGAAUAUGAGUUAAAUAAUCCUAUGGCUCUUUAUGGAUCAAUUCCAAUGCUGGUUGCACAUGGGCCAUCAAUAACAUCAGGAGUUUUCUGGUUAAAUGCAGCAGAAACCUGGGUUGAUAUAGAAGGCACGCACGAUCAGAAUGUAAUGUCAUCUAUAGUGAACUUUGUCUCUGGGUCUGUGCGUACACCAGAAGUUAAUGCACAUUUCAUGUCAGAGAGUGGAAUUAUUGAUGUAUUUUUCAUGUUGGGACCGGAACCUAAGAAUGUGCUUCAGCAAUAUGCAAAACUGACAGGGACUACCCCUCUGCCUCCAUACUUUGCUAUAGGAUAUCACCAGUCAAGAUGGAAUUACAACGACCAAGACGAUGUAAGAAAUGUUGAUGCCAAAUUUGAUGAAUACAACCUACCAAUGGAUGUGAUGUGGUUGGAUAUAGAGCACACUGAUAACAAAAAGUAUUUUACAUGGGACUCCAGGCGUUUCUCUCAGCCAACUGAAAUGAUUAAUAAUUUAACUGCAAAAGGAAGAAAAUUAGUUGCCAUUGUAGAUCCUCAUGUCAAAAGGGAUAACAGCUACUUCCUGCACAAUGAUGCCGAAAACAAUGAUUUCUAUAUUAAAAAUAAAGAUGGAAAAAUCUAUGAAGGGUGGUGUUGGCCAGGAUCAUCCAGUUACCCAGACUUCUUCAACCCUGCAGUCCGUGACUAUUAUAAGACAAGAUAUUUAUUAGAAAAUUACCAUGGCUCAACAUUAGACAUGCACAUUUGGAAUGAUAUGAAUGAACCCUCUGUUUUCAAUGGGCCUGAAGUAACUAUUCCUAAGGAUGUUCUUCACUUUGGUGGCUGGGAGAAUCGUGAUGUUCACAACCAGUACGGAUUUAUGUAUACAAUAGCUACAUAUGAAGGUAUGAUGGCAAGAAGUAAUGGAAAAUUUCGUCCUUUUAUUCUGACAAGAGCAUUUUUUGCUGGAUCCCAACGUUACACAGCUAUGUGGACAGGUGAUAACACUGCUGAUUGGGGACACUUAAAAAUCAGCAUUCCCAUGUGUUUAUCAGUAUCUGUAGCUGGUUACCCAUUCUGUGGAGCAGAUGUUGGUGGUUUCUUCAACAACCCAAAUUCGGAAUUGAUAACAAGAUGGUACCAGGCUGGUGCAUUUCAACCAUUUUUCCGCUCCCACUCUCAUAUUGAUACAAAGCGUCGAGAGCCAUGGUUGUUUGAUGAUGCAACACUGCACCACAUUAGGGAAGCUUUGAACAAGCGCUAUGCAUUGCUUCCAUACAUUUACACCUUGUUUUUUGAACAUGAAAUUUCAGGGUUACCAGUCAUGUGGCCAUUGUGGCUGGAAUUUCCAUCUGAAACAGCUGUCUUUGCUGUAGACGAUGAAUAUCUUCUAGGUGACUCUCUGCUUGUUCAUCCUGUAACAAGUCCUGGGGCUACAGAAGUGACAGUGUACCACCCAGGCGUGUCAGAAAUUUGGUAUGAUGUGGAUACUUACCAGAAAUUUGAAGGUGGAAAGCAUACAAAAAUUCCAGUCACCAUUGACAAGAUACCUGUGUAUCAACGAGGAGGGAAAAUCGUUCCAAAGAAAGAAAGAAUAAGGAGGGCAUCAACAUUGACUUUAAAUGAUCCAUUUACAUUGUAUGUGGCACUGAAUCAAAAUAAAACUGCUUCUGGCCGAUUAUACAUGGAUGAUGGAGAGACCUUUGAAUACAAGAAAGGAGCAUAUUUGUAUUUAUCUCUUGAAUUUGCUGGAAAUAAACUUACAUCAAGGAAAAUCAGGAAAGAAGGAAGUUUUUCAACCAAAUCUUGGCUAGAAAGGGUGGUAAUCAUGGGUAUUGAAUCAGGAAUUAAGAGUGCAGUUGUUGAAAGUAAAGGUACUGGAAAAAUAACUGUAAAUACUAUAUAUGACAACAACAGCAAUGUGUUAGUAGUGCGAAAACCAAGUAUAAAUAUGGCUGAAGAAUGGAGUAUAUUGUUGCAGUGAUUUUUGUAGCUCUCGUUGUUUUUGUAUGGCCAAAAAUGGCUGACUGUCUUUAGGGAACAUGGGUUGUCAGUGUAAGAGUUAAAAGUGGUAGAACAGUGUUUUUAAGAGAUUUAUUGUCAAUACUGGAUUACUUUUUUACUUAAAGUAAAGUUUUGAUGUGAGGGGUGCCUGUAUAUUUUGUAUUUAUUUUAGGAAUAUUUGUUUAUGAAGUACAGAUAUUUUUUUUAUUUGUUUGCAUGUGUUUAAUGUGCAUCCUGAAUUUUGAAUACAGUUCCUUAUUGAUCCUGUA